GCUGCCGUCAAACCCAAGGUUGUCUCUCUUUUUUUCAGUCGAGUCCAAAAGCACGCAAAUCAAAGCGAUGGAUCCCAUUGUACCGGCUCCGCUAAUGCCGUCACCCCGCAAAGUUUCUGCCCCCGUACCACCCAUCCCUCCACAAAGAGGGAUCCACAAAGCUGUCAACUCUCACACCAAGUCCACCGGCGUACCGCCACCGCCACCGCCUCCCAACCUCAACAAUAGCUCUUCAGCUAACCAGACCUGCACAGGUAAGAAUACAUGGAUUAUAUCGUUCAAAUUGAGUGAUUUAAGUUCAAAUUGAUUGCAUUUAUAUAGAGCUUUUCCAGAUGCUCAAAGCGCUUGAUGUUGUGUAGGGUAAACUCACCUUGUCCACCUCUUAUGUCUAGCACCCCACUGGGUGAUUGUACUGCAGUCAUUUUGCACCACAUAGUUCACCAUACAUUAGCAUACAAUACAGUGAAGAGGUGAAUCAAUACUUGUUGCAUACGAAGGUUGAAUGAUAUAGUGAAUGUCACAGGGUUUCUCACAUCUGAAUCUUUCCAUCUCAGCAGAUAGACGGGACCCAGCUCUCUCCCUGGCCACGGACUUUGGCUUCGAGGACAACUUCAACCACUCCCUCAAAGUGGAGGAGAAGAAGAACCAGCAGAAUGGCAUUGUGCCCCCCCGAGAAGCCCCUCCAGUUCCCCCUUUACCUCCACGUAAAGGCUCCUACACUCCCUCCAAUCCUCUCCCCCCCGCGCCCAUCCCAAUCUCCAAAGACAGAGUCUCGUCCAUACAGGCUAAAGAUGCUGCUUUGGAAACGCCUGCCAAAACGGAGUGAGUGGUACCAGUAGGACCGUCUCAUAGUAUGCCCAUCCUUUUAGAGAUAUUUUGUCCCCUACAGAACUAUCUGUAUUUGCCUUCUAUUAGUGUCAGAGGGCCUCCAUUUAUAAUUUUGUUGUCAGAGGGCCUAGAUCAGUGGUCACCAACCUUGAGUGGUCACCAACCUUGAGUCAAGAUCACAUUCUGAGUCCAAAAGCAAGCCGAGAUCUACCACUUAGAUGUAUUUUUAAACAUGACUUAAAAAACAUAAGCAUAUGCAACAUUAACCUAUUAAAAACAGUUCCAUAGCAAUGAUGUUUGUGCAGUAGGCUAUAGGCCCAAAACAUUAUCACUGCAUAUUGGCUAUGCUUGAAUUGCCUUGCCAAUGUUCUUCUCAUACCAUUUUGAAAUUAUAUUGCAACAUUUUUGGUACUUGUGAGGCACAGCUGAGUGAGCAUAAUAAUUGGCUUUUUGUAUUUUACUGGACUGAUGGUCUGCAUCUGAUUGUCAGUCUGAGGGGAGAGAGGGAGAGAGCAGCGAUAAGGCUGUCUCUCACCCGACUCACUAUCCCUCCGCUCUCCCUCCCUUCGCUGAGAAAAGGGGACACAGUCUUCCUUCCAGUUGAUGGUCGAAACGCAAGUCACACUGCAUUAUUUCUGCCUCAUGCACCAAUUCAUGUUGUUACUCCUAUGACCAGAGAAAGUCAAAUAUUUAUUGAAUAUUUAAAAAAAGACACAAGCCGCUAAUGAUAACGCAAGCUUAUCGAAACACUUUGCUAUACUCAUUAAUUGCAGCUGCAGUGCUGGUUGUAGCGUGAGUGGAAGUAAGCAGAACGCACAUUUUAUGGCUUAUAAAAGUGUUGAACAAAGUGUUUACAGUGCUGAAUAACUUAAACAUUAACGUAUGAAUGGUUCAAAAUGGGAACCCUUUGCCUUCCUGGCCCUAUGGCUGCUGAAUCAAGUGCACCUACCGCCAACAGUGCUAAACAAACAACAACAAAAAAAAUAUGAACGUAAGGCUUUAUCGUUGGCUUUUCUAUAGAAAUGUUUGGUGAUUGACUACGAAUGCCUUGGAGAGAUCGACCAGUUGAUCACGAUCAACGAUUGGUAACCACUGGCCUAGAUCUUGAUUUGUAGGCUUUACACCCUGCUUGGAAAAUAAUGUAGUGGAAAUACUGUGGUGAUGACUCAUACUUAUGUGAUCUUGCAGUUUUAGGACUGCAGUGGACCGGCCCAACUCGUGGAACGACAGCCCCACCACCAACAGCAUGCGGAACGCCAUGUUCUCCACUCAGGCCGGCCAGAGAGAGAACCUCAUCAAACACUGCCUGGGCAAGAAGGAGAAGGAGUAUGUGGACAUCAAGGACUUCAGGUGAGUCCCCGUUGGUUUGUGUGGAUGGUGUGUGGGGGUGUCUGUGACCGACUGGGUUCGAACCCGGGUCUCCUGUGUGCCACAAGCAAAACACCCGGGUCUCCUGUGUGCCACAAGCAAAACACUAGGCAUUACCUUGGGGAGCUAAUCCAAGUCUUCAGGGCUCGGGCAAGGUAACAUCACACAAGCGUGAUUCGUUGAGCCAGCUCCAUUACAUGUGCUCCUCUGCAGUAGCCAGUUGUAAUUCUGGACAGAAAAUUGAGGAGAUCGAUUGAAUGUGGAUUAUAGCAGCAUCACCCUUUUUAAAUUCCAUUCUGGUGAGAUUAAAUCAAAUGCGCUAAUUUAGUUAUUGUAAAUGUUUCUGUAGGCUGUAGUUUUUCCAUGUUCCAAGUACUAAAAAGUACUUUCACUCACUGAGCCGUAGUCCAUAUUAUUACCGGCAACCCUUAUCAGCCUACACCCUCGCACUAAACUCACUUGUGUGUCUGUCCACUUAAGCAUGUGAAUGUCUAUAUAAGACUGUUGUGUGUGUUUCAGAUUGUUUACCGGAACGUGGAAUGUGAAUGGCCAGUCCCCAGACAGCAGUCUAGAGCCCUGGCUGUGUUGUGACCCAGAACCUCCUGAUGUCUACGCUCUGGGGUCAGUGACAUGUCUAUCUGAGUAUCCAAUGUCUUCUACACAGCACGUAUGAGUGAAUGAACCUGGGUUGUAUUCAUUAGUGCACACCAUUGCAAAAUGUUUUGUUAUGGAAAACAAGCAACAAGCGUUUCUUAUCGGACAACCUCAUGUAUUCCUCCCUGCUUCAGUCCGUUUUCUUCCGUUUGGUGCCUAGUGAAUACAACCCAGAAAUGUGCAAGUAACAUACUUUUCUGAAACGCUUCCUCUGAAUGCCACGUAAUUAAUGAUGGAUGGACUUAGUUAGUUAUAACCUAGAUUUCAUAACAUACUCUAAAGAGUGCUUUUGUGCACUUUCCCAAUGCAUGAGUGCUGAUUGCACUUUCCCAAGCAUUGGAACGCUGACUUCCCUGUGUAUUCUGGGUGCUGUAGUUUCCAGGAGCUGGACCUGAGCACAGAGGCCUUCUUCUAUCUGGACUCGUCGAAGGAGCAGCUGUGGGUAGAGGCUGUGGAGAGAGGUCUUCACCCCAAAGCCAAGUACAAGAGGGUGAGGCAGUGAGAGGAAUGGUUCAAUCAACUAAAGUAAACUGUUUCCUAGAAUAUUACAUACUUGUAAUUAGGUUUAAAAAAUUACAGUAAUCACACGCUUAUGAAUAGCAGCAGAUGCCCUUAUCAACAUAUUUUGUUCAUACUCAAAUAGACAUAAUAUUAUUUUAUUAUAAUAAUAAUAUGCCAUUUAGCAGACGCUUUUAUCCAAAGCGACUUACAGUCAUGUGUGCAUACAUUUUAACGUAUGGGUGGUCCCGGGGAUCGAACCCACUACCCUGGCGUUACAAGCGCCAUGCUCUACCAAUUGAGCUACAGAGGACCACCCAUACAAUAUGAAUGUCCUCCACAAUGGAUGCUUCUGUCCCCGCAGGUGCGCACCAUCCGUCUAGUGGGCAUGAUGCUGGUGGUGUAUGUCAACAAGGUGCACAAGAAUCACAUCAAAGAAGUGGCUGCAGAGCAUGUGGGAACUGGCAUCAUGGGAAAAAUGGUACGAAUGAGUCAAGUCAAAUAAGAGGAAGUGUUUGUGUUAUCCUUUUUCUCUGAUCAACUUAUACCAUUUAUAGAUACAGUGAGGGAAAAAGUAUUUGAUCCCCUGCUGAUUUUGUACAUUUGCCCACUGACAAAGACAUGAUCAGUCUAUAAUUUUAAUGGUAGGUUUAUUUGAACAGUGAGAGACAGAAUAACAACAAAAAGAUCCAGAAAACCGCAUAUAAUUUUUUUUAUAAAUUGAUUUGCAUUUUAAAUUAGGGAAAUAAGUAUUUGACCCCUCUGCAAAACAUGACUUAGUACUUGGUGGCAAAACCCUUGUUGGCAAUCACAGAGGUCAGACGUUUCUUGUAGUUGGCCACCAGGUUUGCACACAUCUCAGGAGGGAUUUUGUUCAUCUCCUCUUUGCAGAUCUUCUCCAAGUCAUUAAGGUUUUGAGGCUGACGUUUGGCAACUCGAACCUUCAGCUCCCUCCACAGAUUUGCUAUGGGAUUAAGGUUUGGAGACUGGCUAGGCCACUCCAGGACCUUAAUGUGCUUCUUCUUGAGCCACUCCUAUGUUGCCUUGGCUGUGUGUUCUGGGUCAUUGUCAUGCUGGAAUACCCAUCCAUGACCCAUUUUCAAUGCCCUGGCUGAGGGAAGGAGGUUCUCACCCAAUAUUUGACUGUACAUGGCCCCGUCCAUCGUCCCUUUGAUGCGGUGAAGUUGUCCUGUCCCCCAGAAAAACACCCCCAAAGCAUAAUGUUUCCACCUCCAUGUUUGACGGUGGGGAUGGUGUUCUUGGGGUCAUAGGCAGCAUUCCUCCUCCUCCAAACACGGCGAGUUGAGUUGAUGCCAAAGAGCUCGAUUUUGGUCUCAUCUGACCACAACACUUUCACCCAGAUCUCCUCUGAAUCAUUCAGAUGUUCAUUGGCAAACUUCAGACAGCCCUGUAUAUGUGCUUUCUUGAGCAGGGGGACCUUGCGGGCGCUGCAGGAUUUCAGUCCUUCAUGGCGUAGUGUGUUACCAAUUGUUUUCUUGGUGACUAUGGUCCCAGCUGCCUUGAGAUCAUUGACAAGAUCCUCCCGUGUAGUUCUGGGCUGAUUCCUCACCGUUCUCAUGAUCAUUGCAACUCCACGAGGUGAGAUCUUGCAUGGAGCCCCAGGCCGAGGGAGAUUGACAGUUCUUUUGUGUUUCUUCCAUUUGCGAAUAAUCGCACCAACUGUUGUCACCUUCUCACCAAGCUGCUUGGCGAUGGUCUUGUAGCCCAUUCCAGCCUUGUGUAGGUCUACAAUCUUGUCCCUGACAUCCUUGGAGAGCUCUUUGGUCUUGGCCAUGGUGGAGAGUUUGGAAUCUGAUUGAUUGAUUGCUUCUGUGGACAGGUGUCUUUUAUACAGGUAACAAGCUGAGAUUAGGAGCACUCCCUUUAAGAGUGUGCUUCUAAUCUCAGCUCGUUACCUGUAUAAAAGACACCCGAGAGCCAGAAAUCUUUCUGAUUGAGAGGGGGUCAAAUACUUAUUUCCCUCAUUUAAAAUGCAAAUCAAUUUAUAACAUUUUUGACAUGCGGUUUUCUGGAUUUUGUUGUUGUUAUUCUGUCUCUCACUGUUCAAAUAAACCUACCAUUAAAAUUAUAGACUGAUCAUUUCUUUGUCAGUGGGCAAACGUACAAAAUCAGCAGGGGAUCAAAUACUUUUUUCCCUCACUGUAGGUAUACAGGACAUACACACUGUAUUCGUGUGCAAAUGUAAAUUAACAGAUAUUUUAAUGCAAUAUAAAAUACACUGAACAAAAAUAUAAACGCAACAUGUAAACAUGUUUCAUGAGCUGAAUAAAAGAUCCCAGAAAUUUUCCAUAUGCACAAAAAGCUUAUUUCUCUCAAAUCUUGUGCACAAAUUUGUUUAUAUCCCUGUUAGUGAGCAUUUCUCCUUUGCCAAGAUAAUCCAUCCACCUGACAGAUGUGGCAUAUCAAGAAGCUGAUUAAACAGCAUGAUAAUUACACAGGUGCACCUUGUGCUGGGGACAAUAAAAGGCCACUCUAAAAUGUGCAGUUUUGUCAAACAACACAAUGCCACAGAUGUCUCAAGUUUUGAGGGAGCGUGCAAUUGGCAUGCUGACUGCAGGAAUGUCCACCAGAGCUGUUGCUAAAGAAUUGAAUGUUCAUUUAUCUUCCAUAAGCCAUUGCCAACGUCGUUUUAGAGAAUCACCUCAUGCUUUAGCAUGAUAAUGUACGGCUCCAUGUCGCAAGGAUCUGUACAUAAUUCCUGGAAGCUGAAAAUGUUCCAGUUCUUCCAUGGCCUGCAUACUCACCAGACAUGUCACCUAUUGAGCGUGUUAGGAAUGCUCUGGAUCGACAUGUACGACAGCAUGUUCCAGUUCCCGCCAAUAUCCUGCAACUUCGCAUAGCCAUUGAAGAGGAGUGGGAUAACAUUCCACAGGCCACAAUCAACAGCCUGAUCAGCUCGAAGGAAAUGCGAAGGAAAUGUGUCGCGCUGCAUGAGGCAAAUGGUGGCAACACCAGAUACUGACUGAUUUUUCUUUUUUAAAAGGUAUUUGUGACCAACAGAUGCAUGUCUGUAUUCCCAGUCAUGUGAAAUCCAUAGAUUAGGGACUAAUGAUUUCAUUUCAAUUGACUAAUUUCCUUAUAUGAACUGUAACUCAUUAAAAUCCUUUAAAUUGUUGCAUGUUGCGUUUUAUAUUUUUGUUCAGUGUAGUUUGUUUUGUUUUUCGCAUUGACGCUCAGUGCACUAUAUCAUGGUUUUAUCUAGAUUCCAUUUAGCAUAAUGCUCAUGCACUGUACAUGUGAAUACAGGCAUUUACAUAGACAUACUGUAUUUGUGCAAAAUGUAAAUUAUGGGAUAUUUGAAUUCCACAAUAUACUUCUACUGCAAAGUAUUGUAUUAUGUUCACAUACUGUAAACGGUAUACUUUUUCCACAUAAGAAAUGUCCUUUAAACCUAUAUGGGCUGAGCAUCUGUUGCAAGACACUUUACUAAACAAACAAAUCAGUCAAUCAACAUACAAUGUUUUCUUUUCCCAUUCUAGGGGAACAAAGGAGGUGUGGCGGUGCGCUUUGUGUUCCACAACACCAGCUUCUGUUUUGUCAACUCCCACCUGGCGGCCCACGUGGAGGACUUUGAGAGGAGGAACCAGGACUACAAAGACAUCUGUGCCCGCAUGAGCUUCCACCUGCUAGACCACCCUCCCCUCACCAUCGUCAAACACGAGUCAGUCCCUCUCCAAGACCCAUACUGUAGAGUCAUAGGCAUUGAUCCAAUGCCCUAACUAGCAUACCACUUAGUGUGAAGCAUUGGGCAAUGCAUUGGGCAUGUAUUCUCAAUAAUAGUAUUUCAGGAUCGAAUAAGCUUACAAUAAUCGUCAUUGCUAUAAUACAUGUAAUUCUUUGAAAUAGUACAUACUCAGUGCCGUGGUGGUUGUGUUAUUGAAUCCCCAAUAAACAAUUCUCAGGUAAUAGUAAUGUAAUUCAACAUCAUUUCAAAGUAAGUAGUGUACUGUAAAAUAGUGUAACCAUGUCACUGAUUUUCUUUCGUAGAGUGUUAGGUUAUGUGUAAACUUAUGGUAUUACUGUAAGACUUUACAUGCUGUUGUGUUACAAUACAUAACUCUUCAUCCAUUCUGUGGUCCAGUGUAGUGAUCUGGGUAGGAGAUCUGAACUACCGGUUGUUUGUGUACGAUGCAGCCGAGGUCAAACAGCUCAUCUCACACAACGAACUAAGGAAGCUGCAGGUGAAUGACCAGGUGAGAAUACACACGCGCACACACACACACACACACACACACACACACACACACACACACACACACACAAUGGGAUUUUACAACUUGUUUAUGCAAACACAUUAAAGUUUAAGGUUCAGCGCUGUCAUAAAUCAGUAACAUUUUAUAAAACAAUACUGCACAAAAAUCAUGUUGUCAUGUAAAGUUCUGCACUGUGGCAAAUCAGUUACAAAAAAAAACAGCAACCACAACAAAAAGAGUGACACUAAAUAAACAUAUUUUAUUCAAUGGAGUUCUGCAUUCUGCAAUAACUUUGGUGGAAUCCCUCCUUGUUCCCGUUUCCCUCUGGUUGUUUAUGAGGGUUAUAAAUACAGGAGUUCCUCUGUCUGUCUCUGAAUAACCUUUAUUGUUGGUGUAUUUUCCCUCCUUCCUCUGUGUGAAGCUGAAUAUCCAGAGGCAGACCAGGCGAGCCUUCACAGACUUCAUUGAGGGAGAGAUCAAUUUCAUGCCCACAUAUAAGUAUGACGCCAAGACGGACCGUUGGGACUCUAGGUAAAUUAUCACUGAUUCUAAUUCCUUUCCCUCCAAGCACAUGCUUACAGUAUGUAAUACCCAGAGAGUUUGGUAUUUUGAGGUGGAAACUAUUACUCCCCCACCCAACAGAGUGCAAAGGAAAUACCCUGUGUAGGAUAGUCCUCAUAUUAUGCCAUAGCACCUUGAUUAUUCAUGUUUAACUACCUAGUAAGAUCAAACAUGAAAAGCCACUAUUCAAAACAUUCUGUCCCAGUAACGAAAGGAGUCCUUACGCAAAUAUAGACAGCUGUUUGAGGCAAUGUUGCUCCAGUGUUGAAUAGGCAUGGUAGGCACUCCUAACUAGCUUUGUUCCCCUCCUGCCUAAAAUAAUUUGAAGAGACCCAGGAGGUUGCUUUGGGUGCCUUCGUGGCUUAUCUGGAAAACAAUCAUAGGUAUCUAGGGAGACACUGGGUUGUGGCAUGCAACUGAAAAUUCAACGGAAAAAAACGAAAAUGACUUCCAUAUUGUACUAGUCCACGUUGUCGUCACUGUUUCAAUCUGCUAUCUUUCAUUUGGUGCCAAAUGAACACGACCCUUGUGUGAGGUUAGCUGACAUUGUGUCUCUAACCACUGUCUCUCUGUCUGGGGUUCUCCUUCAGUGGGAAGUGUCGUGUCCCGGCGUGGUGCGACCGGAUCCUGUGGAGGGGUAGUAACGUGAAGCAGCUUCACUACAGGAGCCACAUGGAACUGAAGACCAGCGACCACAAGCCCGUCAGCUCCCUCUUCAGCGUAGGGGUAAGGAUCAUGGAGCCACUUACUCACUACAUUGUCUGUCAGCAUCUGAAUAUCGCAUCUGACUGAUUUGAGGUCGAGGCAGUCAAGGGAGACCUGACAUUCACAAUAAACAAAUAUGUCUGCUAAGCCAAAGGAGUCAUUUAAGUAAAAUAGACAUAAAAACUUUGAACAUACUGUACAGCUCAUUGAGAAUCAUAAUAUAAAUACAUCUAAUGUGUUUAUUCUCGAAUAGCAUGCUUGAUUAUGCUAUAUUGAAUGAAUCGGUGUUGGAUGGAUAAAUUCAUCUGUGUGUGUGUAACAGGUGAAGGUGGUGAAUGAGGCGCGCUACAAGAAGGUGUUUGAGGAGAUUGUGCGCAUGAUGGACAGGAUGGAGAACGAAUUCCUCCCGUCUCUGACACUGACCCAGAGAGAGGUGAGUAGACGGAACGCACACAUACAGAGCCAUGACUUUCAUCGUAUUGAUUUCCUGUCCAGCAUGUCCUCCCCACUGAUAUGUUGAAACGGAUCAAUAAGUCACAGUCUUUGUCAGGAAGCAAGGUACAUGGUCGUUUUGAUGCCAAGACAGCCAGUAUUGAAUCAGGGACUUGUGACAGUGAUUUAAAUUCGGACAAAAAAUUGCCUAAGAAAAUCAAUAUAAGCCUGCCAAUAUGCUUGAGUUACUUUGCACGGGUAGAAUGGUGUGGUCAUCUAUUUGUAUUUUAAACAAUCUACUUUGCAUAGAUCAAACAAAUAUUAUUGCACUCUGGCUUACUGUAACAGAAUGUAUGUGUGUCUGUCCUCCUCUCAACAUCUCUCUCUUUCUCUCCCCCCUCUCUUUCUCUCUCCCUCUUCUCCCAAAGUUUACCUUUAAGGAUGUCAAGUUCCGCCAGCUUCAGCGGGAGCGUUUUGUGAUCUCCAACGACGGGCAGGUCCCCUGUCACUUUGCCUUCAUCCCCAAGCUCAACGACUCGCAGUACUGCAAGAAUUGGCUCCACGCCGAGCCCAGCGAAGGUUUCCUAGAGCCCAGUGAGUCCCAUUCACUUUCAGCCAUGUCACCUAUCUUCUACAGUCAGUCACAGGCCCUGCCUGGUGGGAUACUUUCAUAAUGCAUCCUUCGCUCCUUCCUUGGUGGGAUUUCACUGAUCUGAGGAUCUAAGGAUUCACUGGUCGAUCAGUUGAAUGAUCUCCUGGAGGAGGGAGAAGGAAGGCCAGUCCAGAAACAACCCCUAGCCCCUACUCCUUAAUCACGUUUUUGAUACGUAUACAAUAAGCAAUAUGUUGAAAGUCCUACCAAGCCUGUCCGAGGGCAUGGAGCUGCUACCAUAUUAUUUAUAGGCCUACCUAUCAAAUCCUUUACUUUAAGAUUUACUUAGGGGUUGUUUCGCAACUGGACCGAAGAAUGCAUUUGUAUAGCAUCUAUACUCUGUCAUAACCCAUUGUGUGAAUGUAGUGGCGUACUCCUGAGUGGCGCAGUGGUCUAAGGCACUGCAUCGCAGUGCUAACUGUGCCACUAGAGAUCCUGGUUCGAAUCCAGGCUCUGUCGCCGCCGGCCGCGACUGGGAGACUCAUGGGCGGCGCACAAUUGGCCCAGCGUCGUCCAGGGUAGGGGAGGGAAUGGCCGGCAGGGAUGUAGCUCAGUUGAUAGAGCAUGGCGUUUGCAACGCCAGGGUUGUGGGUUCGAUUCCCACGGGGGGCCAGUAUAAAAAAAACAUGUAUUCACUAACUGUAAGUCGCUCUGGAUAAGAGCGUCUGCUAAAUGACUAAAAUGUUAAAUGUAAAAAAAAAUGUAUAUUUUGUUCCCAGUGCUAUCGUUCAUCAGUUAUCAUACCACCAGGGCUUUGUUCCUGAGGCACCAAAACGAAAGAAAACAGACUGAAACAAGGAUUUGGCCUACCCGGAUUUGUUCAAUAAGAAAAGCCCAUGUCCACUUUCCAUUGCAAAAUGUUUUCCAUCCCAUACCCUAAUGAACACUUCCCCUCUCUGUCUCUCCCCACCAGACGAAAUUUUAGAGAUCUUCCUGGAUGUGUAUGUGAGCAAGGACUCGGUGACGCUGCUCAACUCAGGAGAGGAUGCCAUCGAGGACAUCCUGGUGCUGCACCUGGACCGAGGCAAGGAUUACUUCAUCACCAUCUCAGGCAACUACCUGCCCAGCUGCUUCGGUACCUCACUGGAGACCCUGUGCCGCAUGAAGAAGCCCAUCCGGGAGAUCCCCAUCACCAAGCUCAUCGACCUGGUGAGUGGGACUAGUUAACAUGAAGUUACUGUAGCAACCAGGAAGGAAUACUUUCGAAGUAGGUUAGGAGUGAUGUAUAUAUUGUUACGUAUUGAAGAGCUGUUUAAAUAUAGUAUUCAUUCCAGGAUUAGGUGAACUAUCAAUGCAAGUAAAUAAAAAUAAAAUAAAACAAUUUCUACUUUUAUUGGUCACAUGCCACAUAUUUAGCAGAUGUUAUUGUGGGUGUAGCGAAAUGCUUGUGUUCCUAGCUCCAACAGUGCAGUAGUAUCUAACAAUUCACAACAAUACACACAAAUCUAAAAGUAAAAUAAUAUAAUUAAGAAAUAUAUAAAUAUUAGGACGAGCGAUGUCGGAGUGGCAUUGGCUAAAAUACAGUAGAAUAUAAUACAGUAUAUACAUAUGAAAUGAGUAUAGCAGUAUGUAAACAUUAUUAAAGUGACUAGUGUUCCAUUAUUAAAGUGACCAGUGAUUCCAUGUCUAUGUACAUAGGGCAGCAGCCUCUAAGGUGCUGGGUUGAGUAACUGGGUGGUAGCCGGCUAGUGAUGGCUAUUUAACAGUCUGAUGGCCUUGAGAUAGAAGCUGUUUUUCAGUCUCUGGGUCCCAGCUUUGAUGCACAUGUACUGACCUCGCCUUCUGGAUGAUAGCGGGGUGAACAGGCCGUGGCUCGGGUGGUUGAUGUCCGUGAUGAUCUUUUUGGCCUUCCUGUGACACCGGGUGCUGUAGGUAUCCUGGAGGGCAGGCAGUGUGCUCCGGUGAUGCGUUGGGCAGACCGCACCACCCUCUGGAGAGCCCUGCGGUUGUGGGCGGUGCAGUUGCCGUAACAGGCGGUGAAACAGCCCGACAGGAUGCUCUCAAUUGUGCAUCUGUAAGAGUUUGUGAGGCUCUUAGGGGCCAAGCUGAAUUUCUUCAGCCUCCUGAGGUUGAAGAGGCGCUGUUGCGCCUUCUUCACCACACUGUCUGUGUGGGUGGACCAUUUCAGAUGGUCAGUGAUGUGUACGCCGAGGAUCUUGAAGCUUUUAUACAGUACUUCUUCAGUACUGUAUAAUAUACAGUACUUCUUCAGUCAUUGAAGGCACUGAAGGCAGCAAUGGCAGGUAGUUGUUUUUCUCCAUGACACUUUUGGCUUGAGAGUCCGCUUAACUUGGUUUCCCUAACCCUAAACCCUCUAAACGGGUAAGAAAUGAAAAGCAGCCAACACUGCAGCAGGCCUCAAAGAUUGGUGUUGAAGAGCACAUAGAUUUGCUCCUUGUUUGUUUUUGAAAAGCCUGUUCAGAAAAUGAUACCUGGCAGGGCCACGUGACGGCCUGUUUGUCCACUCCUUCAAGGGUUUGUAAGAAUCUCCACAGUCUGUUUUUAGAGGGCAGCGAGAAUGUUUCAACCUGUGCCAUUGUUUAGAAUCUCUAAGGGAAUAAGGAAGUGGCACAUGGUGUGCACAAAUGUCAGAAGGGCUUCCCUGAAAUGCUAGGAGCAUUGACUAAGUCUCGGCUAGUCAUAUAUACCCUGGUCUACUUUACAGUACAAAUAGAAAUGCAUAGACAGGCUAUCUCUGUAUUGCUAUUUUAUAUUGUCUAUCUAUAUCCACCUUGGCCCCUAGUGUUAGAUUAGUAUGCUAUUGCAUUGCAAAUUAUCUCUUGCUUCCACUGUUACUUUUCUACUGUCAUUCUUUGCAGGGGUACUUUUGGGUGGUAACUUCUUAGACCCCUGUAAUGCUCACACAAAAAAACACACACAAAAUAAAACUCAAUUUAAGCCAAUCAUUGCUCAAUACAUUCUCAAAGACCCUCUCUCCCAAUCCUGCCGGCCCGGGACAAUACUUUUUAAAAACCAGAAAGUAACCUACAGAUUGCACCUUUUUAAAACAGCAUGUCAUUAUCUUACUUCCUUACUCAUCUGUGGUUCCGCUUGAUCUCCUAUCUACAGUAUCUUCUCUGUUCUCUGUUCUAUUUUUCUCCUUCCUCAUCAUCGCCUUGAUCAUUCCUUUCCAACUCUUCACUGCUGUGCUGGGUGAUGCUGGGUGAUGCUGGGUGCUCAGGGAGAGGACAGCUACAUGGAAAAGGUAAAGUCAACAUGGUGUGUCCAUUUAUAUAAAUCUAUAAUGAUUAGAAUCCUUCUUUCUAUGGCGUCCCACUCUCUACUGCUCACUGUAAGGCUAGUCUGUUGCCCCGCUGUUGGUCAGCGAAAUAGGCAACCCAGGUUCUAGUCAAGUAAUGUUGCUUUCUAGAUUUGACAUAAAAACACCUCAAAUGAACCAAAUAUACAGUACCUCAAGUUCUGAAUUAGGGAAGCACAUUGGUUCAGACAAGACCAUGAUCAAAUAUUCUGUUUUGGGAUCCAAUACUAUAGUAACUGAAGUCUUCAUUUACUGCAGCUCUAUACCCAACGGUUGCAUGUCCAUCCGUGCCAUAGCAGUACUAGCUGUUAGUGCUGAGCGAUUAUCCAGGCUCUGUCGUAGCCGGCCGCGACCGGGAGACCCAUGGGGCGGCGCACAAUUGGCCCAGCGUCGUCCAGGGUAGGGGAGGGAAUGGCCGGCAGGGAUGUAGCUCAGUUGGUAGAGCAUGGCGUUUGCAACGCCAGGGUUGUGGGUUCGAUUCCCACGGGGGGCCAGUAUGAAAAAUAUUUUUAAAAAAAUGUAUGCACUCACUAACUGUAAGUCGCUCUGGAUAAGAGCGUCUGCUAAAUGACUAAAAUGUAAAAUGUAAAUGUAACUGAAAUGUGUUAUUGUUCCAUUUUUAAACAACAAAUUGACUGAUGUUGGUUAAAUUAUUUGAAUUCCACUUCACUCUGUUUUUUUGUUGCUGUGAGUGCAAUGCGCAGGUUCUCUAGAGAUAAAUCAGAUCAUGCCCGAACUGUGCGAUGUAGUAGGGAGUUGUAGUUUCCAACAGGCCAAUAUCCUACAUAGUUUAGCACAGAAAACAUGGUAAUUAACUACAAUGACCAUAUUCAAUUGUGUGCCUACUUGUCUGGUCUGUGUGGUGCUGACACAGAGGUAGAUAGAAGAGACAGAAGAACGCGGGAUACAGAACAGCUGCUUCGUGAGUUAUCCCUACCUGAAAAUACAUGACCUAAGUGACUAAUAGUUGGUUUUCAGAAGUCCUAAGAUUACGCCUUAUUUAUUUUGAAGAACUACUAACUACUCUAUAGAGAUGAUGAAAAAUAAAGCCAUCAAAUAGGCCUAAAACAAAUGUAAUAUACACAACUGAAAUAUUUGAUUAAAGUAAAGUAAUGUUAAUAAGUGAUAAGCGCUACUAUUAUGGGACUUUUAUUCUCUGUUACAGCAGUCAACCCACAUAAUGCGUAUUGCAUUUAAUGUCUAUACAAAUAAUUGAACCCCACCCCCCCCCCCCCCCCCCCCCCCCCCCAAAAAAAAAAAAUUAAAGCUGUACUAGUCCUCAAUCUGAGAUAUUGGUGGCCCACAUAAGACCGUCAUGAAAUGUGCGUGAGUGCAUAUUAUAUGCUUUAUAUUUCAAAUUGUGAAGGCAAUGGUUGAGAUUGAUAACCCUAAGGCAGUGAUAGACCAGAGAGUAGGGCUGGGUGAUAUGGCCUAAAAAUCAUAUCUCGAUUUUUUUCAAACUUCCACAAUAUACACCUCGGUAAAAAACAAGGUUUUCUCUAAAUAAGCUUUGUUGUACAAUUAAAGGUCAAAUACACUGCAUUGCAAACAGUCAGCAAUAAUCGAAUGAAUUCAGGGCGUGUGAAAUUAGGCUUAAAGCCCCACUAAUAAUGUAAUUCUUUUAUCAAAAUAGUUUUACCUACUUUUUUGCAAAAAUCACUGAUUUGGCUUUCAAGUCUGUCUAUGAAAAUGCCCUUUUUGUUACAAAUUUAACCAGAACCAUGCAUAAUGCACAUUCCCUAAUAAUGACUAACUUCUUUUUAACAGGCAUUAUAGAAAAUUAACACAGGUAUCAUCAACAAUCUCUCAAGCACAAGCCCCCGUGCUAGUGAGUAGCCAGCUAAUCUUUCUAUUUCAAGUUUAGCCAACUUGGAUCUAUUUGCUAGCUAACACUGCAGAACAGUUGAAUUGUUAUGAACACACCCUUCUGUCCGUCUCCAACUGUUUGAACAGAACGCUAGCCUGUCCAUUUUGUUCAGAUGUUGAAAUCAUGUGGUCUACCGUAUUUCUCAGAAUAAUAAAGAGUGGCCAAUUCCUGAUAUAACUGUAUUGUAUGCUUAUUGCACAUUUAUAAAACACAGACUAGACAGCUAGUAUAACAGCCUUUGGCUAAAAUGCUGCUAGUGGUACGUGGUAGCUAUAAACUGCAUUAUUUUUUCCAGAAUCAAUGUUCAUUGAUACUCCUGUUUUAGUAGUGUCUGCUCGCAAUUUGAGUCGUUGAGACAUAUAAAGGAUAUCGUUAGACAGGUUAACUUCUCCUCUAUUGCAGUAAAAUGUCUCAAUGUGUUUGGGUGUCCAUAUGACUGAUUCUAUUGGACCAAACCUCAAAUGCAAAUAGAGAGGAAGAAGUGAUCUCUCAACUUUGUUGGUGUGAGUUUCAGGGGCUUGUGUGUGUGUGUGUGUGUGUGUGUGUGAACAGAGGAAGAGGCGAAGCGAGAGGUUUCGCUCUUGUUAAAAUCUGUCCAAAAUAAGGCCAAUGCGUUUCUAUGGGCUUAUUUUGGACAUAAGCUUGUCGCAUGCCUUCUCGCAUUUGGGACAACGACUCUUAUUGUUAGGGCGGAGACAUGAGCAUCUUGUCAUUAUAUUCAAAUCUCUGGUGUAAAUGGGAAGAUGCACACAGCACAGAAGGAGCGAAGGAGACGAGACCAAAAAGACAACAUGAGAACAAGUGGACAUAAACGCUCAUAAUUCUUCUUGCGGUACAGGCAUUUGGAAUAUCGCGCAAAAACAUACAUUUUGAUUUGAUAUAUCGCCCAGCCCUAACAGAGAGGAGCCUGGUUUCCACACGUGCGCCUGCUCGCGUGUGUGUGCGAUCAUAGAAGUGACACCACGUGUACUAGACUUCAAGCACGUCUCCACAGCAGUACACACGCAUCACAACUGUCCCUCCACACACACACACACACACACACACACAUACACACAUACAGUCCUUCUUCCGCACACCCAAGCUCAUUUCACAGCAGGUCACUCUACAGUGCACAGGCCUUCACACACAUGAUUAAGGCUAAUGAGAGUUUAGGGAGAAGCAGAGGGGACCUGUGCUCAGUUAAGCAGCAUCUGCUUCACUCAUAUAAAGCCUGAUGUUAAUCCCAUCUUCACCUUCCAUAUCUGAGCAGCUCACCGGCCAGUGAAACUGAAUCGCUGCACGGCUAAACCCACUACAGAUGGCACCAUAAAUAGGAAACAACAUAACGUUUUUUAAUAGGGCGUUGGGCCACCAGAACAACUUCAAUGCGCCUUGGCAUAUAUUAUACAAGUGUUUGGAACUCUAUUGGAGGGAUGCAACACCAUUAUUCUACAAUAAAUUCCAUCAUUUGUUUUUUUGUUAAACACUGUCUCAGUCGCCACUCCAGUAUCUCCCAUAAGGAUUCAAUUGGGUUGAGAUUUGUCAGCCAAUCAGCAUUCAGGGCUCGAACCACCCAGUUUAUAAAGUACAGUAAUGCCGAGACAACAAAAAGAGAAGUCACACAGAGGCGGAAUAAAUUCAACGACACAUUUGUUUGUUUAAUUACAAAACUGGAGAGCAACAUCUGUCCGGUGAAGUCCACAAAGCAAAUAUUACAUGUAACAAACAGUUGCUGGACCAUGCUGUAGGUCAUGUAAGUUAAUGUUUUCUACAGUUUACUAAACAACUACUGAUUUAGAACCACAGAGUUACCACAAGUCAGCAGAAAGACAACAGGAGCACUGCCUCCACUAUUCCAGCACCAUUUCAACUUAAACAUUUAAACAUCAUCAAAUCAACAAGGCUAUAUAUGCUUAGUUUAAUAUACUGAAAACAAACUUAAAGACACCAAAAACAAUUUUGUUCAAUGUUGCUAAAUAUGAUGUGGCUGUCCAUGGUACUGAUUUCUGUGUGUGUGUGCUCAAGUAAAAAAAUGUUUGGACUCACCCUACUUGCAGACUAGUUGAACGCCAAUGCCAUCCUCUCUUCAUGUUGGCAAAAUGUUUUAGUUUUUGUUGUCAUAGGCUAGCAAGCAUGUUAGCUAGGUAGCCUAACUUCCUCGCAUGGGCAACAAUGAACCAGCUAAGUUAGCUAGCUAGUUAACGUGGUAUGCUGGGCCAGCAGCAUACCACCCUGCAUACCACUGCUGGCUUGCGUCUAAAGCUAAGCAGUGUUGGUCCUGGUCGGUCACUGGAUGGGAGACCAGAUGCUGCUGGAAGUGGUGUUGGAGGGCCAGUAGGAGGCACUCUUUCCUCUGGUCAAAAAAAAAAAGAUCCCAAUACCCCAGGGCUGUGAUUGAGGACAUUGCCCUGUGUAGGGUGCCAUCUUUCGGAUGGGACUUUAAACGGGUGUCCUGACCCUGUGGUCACUAAAGAUCCCAUGGCACUUAUCGUAAGAGUAGGGGUGUAAACCCUGGUGUCCUGGCUAAAAUCUGGUUCUCAUACCAUCAUGGCCACCUAAUCAUCCCCAGCUUCCAAUUGGCUCAUUCACCCCCCCUCCUCUCCCCUGUAACUAUUCCCCAGGUCAUUGCUGUAAAUGAGAAUGUGUUCUCAGUCAACUUACCUGGUAAAAUAAGGGUAAAACAUAAAGUGAGCCUACUAGGCUACAUAUUGAACUUCCAUCGUCUCAGGCCAGUGGCACAAUAUAUUAAUUUAUGGUUAGUUCAGAAUCGCUGUCAUAAUCAUUGGCCUGUACAGAGAAUUAAGUCAAAACCACAAAUCCAAAUCCCCAUCUCCAUCCAUGGCAUGGGUCAAUUUUAGCAAGCUAGCUACUGCAGGACAACAACACAAGCCGACCAGAAACAGACACGUUUUUCUGACUGACGUUUUGCUUUGGAUGUGAUUUGAUUUGUGUGAAGCCAAAUACAAACUGGCCUCCCUUGGGGAGCGUUUUGCAGCACCAGGACAACGCACAGUUGAGCUCAGCUCAACGCUGAUUGGCUAAUUAUUUUAUACCUUUUUUAAUCAAGGGAGGCCAAAUGCUUGCUGGCAUCAAUCAAUCAAAUGCUACGGUAGCAACAUGUCAUCCUCUUUUGGUCCAGACAGCAUCAGAUACAUGGGCUACACGUACUGAGACAGAGGGGCGCUGUUUCCCUCGCUCGGUGAGAUUCAGCCACUUGCGAAUAGAAGGGAAAUUAUGAAAACACAGAGACAAAAAAUACAUUAUUAAAGAUAACAUUUUAUCUAUACAAAUUAAAGAUAACAUUUAAAUUAUGUGCAUGUCAUCCGCUUUCCCAGGCCAGUAUUCUUUUCAUUUAGGCCAGUAGCUUUCAGUUGCCACUGACCUGGUGUGCCACUGGCAAAUUCACCUGAAUGUCGAACGUCGAGCACUGGAAUGGCAUGCUAAUUUAAAGUAUGGCCUGUCAUUAUAGCCUGGCUCUGUAUGGAAUGUAGGUACAUUAUGGGACACAGGUCAGGUAAAAAAUUGGUGCGACCAAAUCAUGUGCUGGUGCCAUCAACUGAAACAGUUGGUAGCACCAGUGCCACCAGUGGAAAAAGCCCUUCCCCCCCCAAAUCAACAUCCAGGGCCUGAUGUAUUUGAGUUCUGUAAAAGCCUUUAUUUCUGUUCACCUAACCAAAGCCUAGGCUACAUCUUUCGUAGAAGCUGCACUCCUAUAAGUUUAAGGAACAGUAGCACUUUGAGAGGCUCUCUAGCUCUUGAUAUUGUAUAUGGCUCUGCAGGCUAUCACUGUGUCCCAUUCCAGUCCUGUGUGUGUGUGACCCCCAUUGCCAGUGGCUAUUUUUGGCCCCACUCCCUGAGAACCAUUUGCAGCUAGACACAAAACAAUGUGAUCCGCUCCAAGUAAAAUGGCUCUCCUGCAAGCCGAACCGACAUCUAACCGUUGUGAUAAUCCACUCUAAUAUGUUCCCUAUACCUAUAAUGACAGGCAAUGUGCCAUAUGGAAUCAUCUUAGGAAUGGAAUCAAUAUUUUGAUAAAUGGGAUGCCUUUAAAUUGUCUUAUGUAAUGGCACAGGAUGAAUCUAAUCAAAUCCUCCCUAGGGAAUUAAGCAGUACAUAAGUUUAUGAAUCGACCAGGUAAAGCUGGUUUCAGUCACAUUACUAACAUAGAGACUUUAUGUGUCAGAAUCCGGCAUGCUUAUGCUCUGACAAAGGUAUUUUUUGACUGAAAGUUGCACUGAAAUGCAGACUAUUUUCUUCAGUAUACUGUGGUUGUGUGUGUUGUGUCAGUAUAGUAUCUAUGUUUCUAACAUCUUGUGGUGUUCUCUCAGUAUAGUAUCUAUGUUUCUGGCAUGUUGUGGUGUUCUCUCAGUAUAGUAUCUAUGUUUCUGGCAUGUUGUGGUGUUCUCUCAGUAUAGUAUCUAUGUUUCUUACAUGUUGUGGCGUUCUCUCAGUAUAGUAUCUAUGUUUCUUACAUGUUAUGGCGUUCUCUCAGUAUAGUAUCUAUGUUUCUGGCAUGUUGUGGUGUUCUCUCAGUAUAGUAUCUAUGUUUCUGGCAUGUUGUGGUGUUCUCUCAGUAUAGUAUCUAUGUUUCUUACAUGUUGUGGCGUUCUCUCAGUAUAGUAUCUAUGUUUCUGGCAUGUUGUGGUGUUCUCUCAGUAUAGUAUCUAUGUUUCUAACAUGUUGUGGUGUUCUCAGUAUAGUAUAUAUCUUUCUAACAUGUUGUGGUGUUCUCAGUAUAGUAUAUAUCUUUCUAACUUCUUGUGGCGUCCUCUCAGUAUAGUAUAUAUCUUUCUAACAUCUUGUGGCGUUCUCUCAGUAUAGUAUCUAUGUUUCUAACAUCUUGUGGCGUUCUCUCAGUAUAGUAUCUAUGUUUCUGACAUCUUGUGGUUGUGUGUGUUACUUCAGGAGAAGUCCAAGGUGAGCUUCCUGAUGGUGGACAGUGCUGGCACGGAGGACAAGCCCUUAAGGAUCCCCAAGGAGGUGUGGCUGCUGGUGAACCACCUCUUUACCAAGUCCUGCCAACAGGUGAGAGGAUAGUUAGGGGGAAAUGUUUAAAGCGCUAUUCUCAAAUGCUGUUGCUAUGAACUUGGAUAUUCCUCACAGAGGGGUGACCUUGGUUAGCCUGGAAUCCAAACGGAAUAUCGCUCCAUUUCACUAUUGUGUCACUUCACUGAUUCUGUUUGGACGGAGCGAAGCGGCGCAAAAUUCUGUUUGUAUUCCAGGCUACCCCUUCUAGGCACUAUUCUAGACAUAGUGUCUUAGCCUCUAAAUUGUAUUCUACCCUACCCUUAUUCCACGGAAAAACAAAAUGACUGUAAACUCCUUACCAUUAUUCCAGGAGGACCUGUUCCAGACACCGGGCCUGCAGGAGGAGCUGCAGAGUAUCAUCGACUGCCUGGACACCAGCAUUCCUGACUCCAUCCGUAUCCUUGCUCAUAUGUCCCAAGUCAUUCCAACCCCACUGGCCCAGAUCCACUAGCAGGCCCAGCCCUGUAACAGGAGACUGUGACUGAGAUGCCACACAGUUAUAUGGGUCACUGUGAUAAAGCGGCUGCUAUGCACAGACUGCUGCCAAGGCGCAUGUGGUGGUAGUAUAAAGGUAUGCUACAUUCACGAGAUACGCUACAUAGAUUUGCCGUGUGGAUGAAGUAUGAUUUGUGUGGUAGUUGGGUUUUAUGGUGUGCAAUUCUCCCCUAUCAUCAGUGUUCCUGUCCGUACUCACACACACACACACACACACACACACACACACACACACACACACUCCUGAACACACACACACACACACACUCCUGAACACACACACACACACACACACACACACACACACACACACACACACAACCAGUGUGUUUGAGAGGAUCAGUUCGAGCAAGGAUAGGCGCAAGAUUGCUAAUCUUCAUCACAAAAUGGGUAGCUAUUUCGAAUUCAAGUUGAUUUGGAAAUCAGUGAUUCUGCGCAGUAUGACAGCAAUGUAGUCAAGUUCAAACACCCACCCUCGGCCACAAAUCUGUGUGUUAUUCCCUGAAUGUCUGUGUGUCAGCUGGUUGUAACCACUCGGUGGCCGAGGCCCUGUUGAUAUUUCUGGAAGCUCUACCUGAGCCAGUGGUGUGUUACGAGCUCUACCAGCGCAGCCUGGACUGUUCCCACGACAGCCGCCUCUGCAAACAGGUGCAGUGAAUACAUAUUUCCACAUAAAAAUGUAUGUAUGUGAGACCAUAUGAAUCUGGAAAAAUGUAUACGAGUAGGAGUCAUUGACUUCUAUUGACUCGUUAAAAGCUCAUAUGUAUGGUCAUUGCAUACCAUAAGACAUAGUUUGCCAUCUAGGCUCUGGAAGGUUCUGGUUGGGGUUCCCAUUUGUCUUUUCUCUGGUCUGUUUUGUCAGUUGAUCUCCCAGCUGCCCCGGGCUCACCGCAACGUGUUCCGCUACCUGAUGGCCUUCCUCAAGGAGCUGCUGAAAUACGGCCACAACAACAACCUCACUGCUAGCCUCAUAGGUCAGUUCCCCAUGGCCACGUUCUCUCUGCUUUCCGAGUUCACUAGGGUUCACUGUAGGAAAACGUUUGGCAACGGAAUGCAAAUAUCAGUGUUCUUAUUGGACAUGUUCAGGUAGAGUAGUUUGUCCCCGCUUCACUCCAUUUCAAAAUGGAUCCUCCCUACUGAACACAACCCAAAUCUAGGGUCAAUACCCCUUCAAUUCAAUCAAUUCAGGAAAUGAAAUUCCCAGGUUUAGAAUUGGAAAAACUGAUAUUAUUUUCAGGAACUGGAAUUCACUGAAUCCUGACUGAAUUGAAAGGAAACGGAUCUAAACUCCUGUUUCUAACAUCUUCCUCUACCUCUCUCUCUCCUCCACUGUGCCCCAUGCCAGCUUCCCUCUUUGCCAGCCUGCUCAUCCGGCCCCCACCCAACAUGGUGGGCCGACAGACCCCGCAGGACCGACAGAGAGCCAUCGUCUUCAUCCUGGGCUUCCUCAUGGGAGGGGACGAC